UGCAGUCUCGAGCUCUUAGUCUGCAACGGAGCAGGAAAGCCCCUUCCUCUGUAGGUCUUCAGGAGCACCUGUCGUGAAGAGAGAGAGAGAGAAAGAGACAGAGAGAGCAUCCUUCAUCGCCCACCGCUCUCGCAGAUUACUACACCCAGGGAUCUGAAAGAAACAUAACACAUUACAAUGUGUGACGACGACGUUACCGCCCUCGUUGUUGACAAUGGCUCCGGCAUGGUCAAGGCUGGUUUCGCCGGUGAUGACGCCCCCCGCGCUGUCUUCCCUUCCAUCGUCGGUCGCCCUCGUCACCAGGGUGUGAUGGUCGGUAUGGGUCAGAAGGACGCCUACGUAGGAGACGAGGCCCAGAGCAAGCGAGGUAUCCUGACUCUCAAGUACCCCAUCGAGCACGGCAUCAUCACCAACUGGGACGACAUGGAGAAGAUCUGGCAUCACUCCUUCUACAACGAACUUCGAAUUGCUCCUGAAGAGUCCCCAAUCCUCCUGACGGAGGCUCCCCUCAACCCCAAGGCCAACCGCGAAAAGAUGACCCAGAUCAUGUUCGAGACUUUCUGCACCCCAGCCAUGUAUGUUGCUAUACAAGCUGUCCUGUCCCUCUACGCCUCAGGCAGAACGACAGGUAUCGUGCUCGAUUCUGGUGAUGGUGUGACCCACACUGUCCCCAUCUAUGAAGGUUACGCCCUUCCCCAUGCAAUUCUCCGCCUUGAUCUAGCUGGGCGUGACUUGACCGCUUACCUCAUGAAGAUCAUGACUGAGAGAGGCUACUCCUUCACCACCACCGCUGAACGAGAAAUCGUUCGUGACAUCAAGGAGAAGCUUUGCUACGUCGCCCUCGAUUUCGAGAGUGAAAUGAACGUAUCUGCAGCUUCCUCGUCCUUGGAAAAGUCUUACGAACUCCCUGAUGGUCAAGUUAUUACCAUCGGAAAUGAACGAUUCCGCGCCCCGGAAGCUCUCUUCCAGCCAUCCUUCUUGGGUAUGGAAUCCGUUGGCAUCCACGAGACCGUCUACAACUCCAUCAUGAGGUGCGACAUUGAUAUCAGGAAGGAUCUGUUCGCCAACAAUGUGCUGUCUGGUGGUACCACCAUGUACCCUGGUAUUGCUGACAGGAUGCAGAAGGAAAUCACUGCCUUGGCUCCUUCCACCAUCAAGAUCAAGAUCAUCGCUCCCCCUGAGAGGAAGUACUCCGUCUGGAUCGGCGGUUCCAUCUUGGCUUCACUGUCCACCUUCCAGUCCAUGUGGAUCACCAAGGAAGAGUACGACGAGUCCGGCCCCGGCAUCGUCCACCGCAAAUGCUUCUAAGAGAUUGCGAUAAUUCUACGGAAUGUCUUUUUCCAUAUUUGGUUGACGAAUAAAGCAACGUAGCAAUUCCUUUCACAUGAAAUUAUUUUUCUAAUGAUGUUGAUAGAAAUAUGAUCUCAUAGACCAUUAGUCUUAUGUGUUACAAUACCUUAUAUAACAUAGAAAUAUUACAUAUAAUUUUUAUA